AUGGGAAAAGUGCGCAAUGAUGACCCAGCACAACUGACAGAUUUCAAGCUCUUGUCUUUCGACGUUUAUUCUACCCUCAUCGAUGAGCAUGGGGGAUUGUUCGAAAGCCUCCUGCCCCUUCUGUCAAAGCUCUCAGACCCAACGCCAUACACCCAAGAUAGAGCUCAUACGCUCAUUGAGUUUCAAGCUUUCGAAUGGAUGCUCCAGCAUGAGAAUCCUACACUUCCUUACCCCGAGGUUCUCUCGCAAGCUUAUGUGCUCUUCGCCAAGUCGCUCUCGCUCGCAGUCCCAUCUGCUGAAGAGGCUAAGACCUUCGGCUCUCAAAUCGGUACCUGGACCGCCUUCCCAGACACUGUUCCUGCCUUGCAAACCCUUGAGAAAUACUACAAACUCGUAAUUCUUAGCAACAUCGACGAUGCGUCCAUAGCCAGAACGGUUUCCGGUCCUUUGGCGGGCGUGGACUUUGAUGCCGUGUACACUGCACAGCAGAUCGGCAGCUACAAGCCUGACUUGAAGAACUUCGAGUACUUGCUGAAGGGAGCGGAGAGGGAGUUGGGUGUGAGAAAGGAGGAUGUGUUGCAUACGUCACAGAGUCUGACGCAUGAAUGUGUGCCAGCGAAGACUAUGGGCAUGAGUAGUGUGUGGAUUGACCGGGAUAGGCAGGAUGAGAAACUGAAGAGCUUGAAGGAAGGUGUGAAUUUCACUUGGAGGUUCGAGACCUUGGGGGAGAUGGCCGAAGCCGUUGAAAUAGCCUUCCAAGACAAGGCCUUCUUCACCUGA